AUGCAUUUUGUUAGCAGCCUGUUUAUUCUUUUCAUAUGUGCAGAACUAUCAACUCAACAAAUCUCAAUGGUCUCGGCCAGCAGCAGCAGCCUUUGGGGUGAGAAGCUGCACUUUACUUCGGCUCCAUGUUUGUGGCAGCUGGGUCCAGACACGGUCGUACCCGCCCUGGAGGAGCUGAGUGUGUGUCUGCUGCUGAAAUGUGCCUAUAGCACAGAGUGGACAGCGUUUGUGUACAAGGCUCCAGACAGUAGUCACAUUGAGCUGGGACGAUCUCAUUUUGUGAUGGACAAAAGAGUUGAAGCCGAGCAUGGAAAGAGCCUCAUCGGAGACAUAAGUCAUUUCAGGAUUUGGUCCAAACACUUGAGUGGAGAUGAAGUCCAAAGACACCAAUGCAUUGAUGGAGAUGUGAUCGGCUGGGACCAGAGGCACCUGAAAAGCGACUGUCCUCCGGUCCAUGACCCCAACCUGAGCUGUUACUGGUCGAGGUACAAGAUCAAAAUGAAAGUUCAGUAUCAAUACAUUGAUGAAAUGUAUUCAGAUAAACUUUUGGAAAAUGCCACAAAGCAAUGGUUAGAAAACCUUUUUCCGGGCAACUUUUCUCUCACUGACAUUGUUCUCUCUUCAAGCCAUUCAUGCAGCACAGAUAUUUCCUAUUCUCUCUCCUCUGCCUGUUUUCUUGUCAAGGUUUUUGUAAAUGUGGUCCCGGCAGCUGAUGUGGGACUGGCUCAAGCGGACAUCACGGCGAGGCUCAGUUCCCCCUUAGACUUCCUAAACGCCACGGUGGACCCUGACAGCGUUGUGGUGUUAUCUGUGGAUUUAUAUCCUGCUGUGACGAGUCGACCAUCAACAGUCAACACGGCCAGUACAGAAGGUGUAGCACCAACGCAAAGUAUGCCAGCAAUUCAUACGAACACAACAGAGUCUGUAGAAAUUAACAAAACCUUUUACGGAGCGGACAUAUUUUUUAGAGUUCAUCUAGAUUUGGGGAUAUCUGGAUCUCUCACAAACCCACUGAUUUUUAUAAAGACGUUGAUAAAGGAAAAUCUUAACUACAGCAAUACCAUGAAGGCUUUGAACUUCUUAAUAUCAGAGACAGCUGCGAGCAGUGUCCAGUCCAGUGGGCUUUUGGCUGCCAUUGCACAACAAAAAGAAUACACAUGUUCCUUCCAUGUUCAGGAAGAUUACACAAACGCUGAAGCAAAUGUGACUCUGGUUCUCAACUACAUUGAAAAAAGUCUGAAUUUCUCAUUUUCAAACGAGUCCAUCAGUGUCCGUACAAUUAGUCUGAAAGUAAAGCAUAUAGAGCCACAAGACUGUAUGGAAGAGAAAACGUCUUCAAUCUAUGGAAACUAUAUAUGGCCUCAAACAUUUCCACAGGAGAACCAAACCAUAAGAUGUCAGAGGCCUCCACAAGAAUACGCCUUCAGGCUUUGUAAACUGGAGAUUAGCACUGACACAACUGAGUGGGCUAAACCUGAUAUGAGGAACUGCAAGUCAAGAGUGAGCAUACCUCAAAUCGAAAAUAUCACCGUGACUCCAGACAACGCUGCUGAGGUUGUGGAGACUAUACAGGACCUGGUUAAUGUGCAACUCAGUAAUUCCUCGCUACUUUCCCCUGAGGACUUGGAUAUCGUGGUUGGGAAACUCUCCGAAGUCGUGGACGUGGGGUCAAAUCCUGAGCUGGGAGCAAGCAUCAUCUCUAUUAUGGGCAGCAUUCUCGUUUCCGAUACCAACGUCACCGCUUUAUCCAACGGUGUCCUGGAUCUGACGUCAAAGAUGGGAGAUACUAUGGAUUUCAAAGGCACGGCUGAGAGUAUUACUGCUCCGUCUCUGGCAAUUUCUCUGUGCAACGUGGAAACAGAAGGAUUUAGUGGCCUUACAUUUGGCGUCACCGCUGUGUCAACAAACCUGGAGCCGCAGGUUUUUAUUGAUGAGACCUUUGUCAGUGAUGAAAUAGAACACACAGAGGCGAGCAUCUCAUUGCCACCAGAAGUUCAGAUUUUUUUUUCUCAAGACAAAAAUACGACCCGCCUGCAAUUCCAGUUUUAUGUCACGGAUAAACUUUUUCAGGAUCCUAUUUUAGCCGAUUCAAAGAGGAGACUGAAUUCUUACAUCGUCUCUGCCAGUCUAAACGACAGCAGUGUGCAAAACCUACAAGAAAGAAUUGUGAUUUAUCUAAAUCACAAAAAGGCAACACAAAGCAAUGAGGAAGUCCACUGUGCGUUUUGGGAUUUCCAGAACAAUGGAGGACGCGGCGGCUGGAACCUGACGGGCUGUGAGACUCGGAGCAUUUCACACCAUCAGACCUGCUGCCUUUGUGAACAUCUCACACAUUUUGCAGUUUUAGUGAACCCCUCCAGAUCUCCCAUCAGUGAAGUGGACUCUCUGAUACUGACCGUCAUCUCUUACAUCGGCUGUGGCAUUUCUUCCAUCUUCCUCGGCAUCACCCUGCUCACCUACGUUGCCUUUGAGAAGCUGCGGCGAGACAACCCUUCUAAGAUCCUCCUGAACCUGUGCGCAGCUCUUCUCGGGCUCUGCAUGCUCUUCCUCUUGGACGCAUGGCUCUCGUCUUUCUCCAGCUACAGCCUGUGCAUUGCCACGGCUGCCACGCUGCAUUACUUCCUCUUGGCUUCGUUCACAUGGAUGGGCCUGGAGGCUCUGCACAUGUAUCUGGCCCUGGUGAAAGUCUUCAACAUCUACGUGCCCUCGUACAUCCUCAAGUUCUGUGCCGUGGGAUGGGGUCUUCCUCUGGUGAUUGUGAGCCUGGUGCUGGCUGUAGAUAAAGACAGUUAUGGUGGUUCUGUGACCCAAGAGUCUGGUGUGGUGCUUCAAACCAAUGACACUUUCUGCUGGGUGACGAACGAUAUUGUCUUCUACGUGACGGUGCUCUGCUUCAUGCUGCUCAUCCUGCUGGCCAACCUCUCCGUGUUCAUAGUGGUCCUUAUACAAAUCAAGCGCAUGCGGAUCAAUAAGGCGUCCGCAAACACCGGGAACCUUGUCAAAGACUUGAGAGCGGUGGCAAGUCUCACCGUCCUUCUGGGCCUCACGUGGUCCAUCGGCUUCUUCUCCUUUGGCCCCGCAGGAGUCGCCAUGAUGUACUUGUUUACCAUCCUCAACACUUUGCAAGGAUUCUUUGUGUUUUUGUUCCACUGUUUGAUGAAAGACAAUGUGAGAAAACAGUGGAAGAUCCAUUUGUGCUGCGGCCGCUUCAGACUCGGCGCUUAUUCAGACUGGUCCCAAACUGUGACUGGAGGACAGCAAACUAAAAAGAGGCAUCUGUGUUCAGAUGGAAGAGCGCUGUGGACACUGCCUUCAUAUUUCUUCAAUAGAUCGUUCUCCCCAUGUUGGCAAACAGUGGGCCUCCUUUCAUCAAGCAUUCAGUCAGGCUUUGAGGCAGAUGAUCCAAUGGAAGACCCAACAGAGAAUCCAACAGCAGUGAAAGUGGAGGAGCACACGCAGAGUGUAAUCCUGACUUACUUCCAUGGGGACAUCAGUACUAUGGUGGAUGCACACUUCAGUAGGGCCCUUAGCAAAGCCAGUAAAGCCAAGGCACCUGCCAGCAAGAUGAAGAAAAUGCAAAAAAAGAUCAAAAAAGAGAUGAACAGUGCCUUUGAAGACCCCCCCGCAGACUUGUACCCAGAACCAAUGACCAGACCGGUACCUGAGCAUUUCGUCUCUUUCAACCCGGCAGAACUCAACAGUCCGUGGCACGCGUUCGCCAGCAGGAAAGAAGGGUUGGCCCUGCCCCAUAUGAGCUGCCCUCUGUCCCCUGGCCUCAGCUUGACGGGACAACAGUGCUCUACGUCUCUGCUCAAUCUGCUGCACACCGACCGCCCAGACAUGGCCCCCAGCUUGCCCCCCAACCUACCCCCAACCUCCAAGGCUGAGCUGCACCCAAACUGGAUGUUUCCCCAAGUGGACCCUUCCAAUGUGUUUGAACAAGGACGGCGUUUAGAUAAGAAGGAUUUAUACUGGUACUGA